CAGCACCGGGGCCAGCAUUGUAGAAACUGCGCCUGCUCUGCUCUGCUCUGCUCGGUUUAUAAUCGCUUUCUUCAUGGGACCAAACAAGACUUCCUCGCUGCCAGAUCAUGUGAGGCUGUUGACAUCCGACUUUGCCACCAGUUAAAGGAAACUCAUUAGCAUAGCCUGAAGAUACAGGUUACUGGACAGAGACGGGUCCAACCAUGGCCGCCCAUCGAAUCAGAGCCACGACCAACAACAAUGCUUCACUCCCUCGCUGCAAAUCCGAGGGGACGCUCAUCGAUCUCAGCGAAGGAGUGUCGGAAGCCACCCUCAAUGAUGUCAAAGUGCUUUCUCCCAGUGCCUUACGACUGGAUGCUACUGCCUCCUUUGGCACUGCCAGGGAAGUCAUUGCUAUUAAGGACUAUUGCCCAUCCAGCUUCACCACCUUGAAGUUCUCUAAAGGGGACCGCCUCUACGUUCUGGACUCAACAGGAGGAGAGUGGUGGUAUGCCCACAACAACACAGAGAUGGGUUAUAUUCCUGCAGCUUAUGUGCAGCCCAUCAACUACAGAGACUCGUCCUUCAGUGACAGCGGGAUGAUUGACACUGUGGGAGACGGUAAUGAGGAAGCAGCCAAAGAAAUGGACCUUCUAGGAGAGUGGGCAGGGGUGAUUUUGAAACCAACCACGUUCCAAAAUGGAAAUCCUUUUACAACAACCCAUACCUCUACAAACCCUUUCCUAAAUGGGGGAACUCAGAGCUCACUUGAUCAGAACAGUAAUGAGAAAUCAGUUGACCUCCUUCUGUUUGACACGCUCACUCCAUCAGUGCCCAACUCCACCAGCAACACUGCCGACAUCAAUGGUUUUGGCAGUGGCAUUUUUAACCCUAUUAGUCCCACUAUAGGGGUGGGGCAAACACUGCGCAGGGACAACCCCUUUUUUAGAAGCAAAAGGUCCUACAGUUUAUCUGAGCUGUCCAUCUUGCAGGCUCAAAAUGAUGCCCCUCAGGCCUCCACAGGUUUCUUCGGCGGCCUUAAAGCACCAGCGCCAGAGCAGUUCCAGAGCAGGGAGGAUUUCCGGACUGCAUGGCUCACUCACCGCAAGCUUGCCAGGUCCUGCCAUGACUUGGACUCACUGGGUCAGAACCCAGGCUGGGGCCAAACACAGCCCGUGGAGACCAACAUUGUCUGCCGGCUUGACAGCUCAGGAGGCGCUGUCCAGCUUCCAGACACCAACAUCAGCAUCCACAUACCCGAAGGCCAUGUAGCUCCAGGGGACACCCAGCAGAUCUCAAUCAAAGCUCUGCUAGACCCGCCGCUAGAGCUGAACAACGACCGCUGCACCACUGUCAGCCCUGUGGUGGAGAUCAAACUCAGCAACAUGGAGACUAAAACUACCAUUACCUUGGAGAUGAAAGUGUCUGUUGUUGUAAAAAUGGAGAGCAGGCAGACCACUGAAGUCUUGUGUGUCAGGAGUGAUUGUAAAGAGGGACCUUAUACCCCUAUUCCUCAGGCGUACAUGUAUGGGGACACAGUCCAGGUGUGCCUGGAUAACCUGGAACCCUGUAUGUAUGUGUGUGUCGUAGCACAGUCUCAGUCCCUAUCUCCAGACUCCACAGUUUGGGAGCAUGUGGUUAAAAAGAUAACCCUUGGAGUAUAUGGUCCCAAACAUAUCCACCCCUCGUUCAAAACAGUCGUGGCCAUGUUUGGACAUGACUGUGCCCCAAAGACACUAUUGGUGAGUGAGGCAGGCAAACAGGCACAGUCUGCACCACCAGUAGCGCUGCAGCUUUGGGGUAAACAUCAGUUUGUCUUGUCCAAACCGCAGGACCUUCGUGUUGGGGUUUACUCCAACAUGGCCAACUACGAAGUAAAGGCUAGUGAGCAGGCCAGAGUGGUCCGGGGCUUCCAGAUCAAACUAGGCAAAGUGAGUAGGCUUGUCUACAACAUUGCCUCACGCAACACCGAUGAUGUUUCCGAUUUCACCUUAAGAAUCCAGGUCAAAGAUGACCAAGAUGUUAUACUGGCCCAGUUUUGUGUCCAGACACCAACUCCACCACCCAAAUCAGGCCCAAAAACAUCAGUGCAGCGGCGCUUCUUGAAGAAGAAGGAAGUGGGCAAGAUUCUCUUGUCUCCUCUUGCCAUUGCCACCAAAUACCCUGUUUUCCAGGACAGGAGAAUUAAUAACCUUAAGUUUGGAAAACUAAUUAAAACUGUCAUCCGACAAACAAAAAAUCAGUACUUGCUGGAGUACAAAAAAGGAGACUUUGUAGCUCUGUUGAGCGAGGAGAAGAUCAAGCUGAAGGGCCAGUUGUGGACAAAAGAAUGGUACAUUGGAUAUUAUCAGGGCAGAAUGGGACUUGUCCAUGCAAAGAAUGUGCUAGUGGUUGGCAAAGUUAAGCCCAUCUACUUCAGCGGGCCUGAUCUUACAACUUCAUUGUUACUGGAGCAGACCCUGAAGCCCUGCAAGUUCCUCACAUACAUCUACGCCUCUGUAAGAACUAUUUUGAUGGAGAACAUCGGCAACUGGCGAGCGUUCGCUGAUGCUCUUGGAUAUGUCAACCUGCCCUUGACGCAUUUCUGCCGAUCAGAGCUCGACAGUGAACCUGAGAGGGUUGCAUCAGUGCUGGAGAGGCUGAAGGAGGACUGCAACAACGCAGAGAGCAAAGAGCGGAAGUCCUUCCAGAAAGAACUCCUGACAGCUCUGUUGAAGAUGGACUGUCAGGGUCUUGUGGCCAGACUGGUGAUGGACUUCGUCCUUUUGACCACGGCUGUGGAGGUAGCUGGACGCUGGAGGGAGCUGGCCGAGAGGCUCGCCAAGGUUUCACGCCAGCAGAUGGACGCUUAUGAGGCACCGCACCGUGACAAGAACGGGGUGGUGGACAGUGAGGCCAUGUGGAAGCCUGCAUAUGACUUCCUGGUCACGUGGGCCGCCCAGAUUGGCGACAGCUACAGGGACGUGAUCCAGGAGCUGCACAUGGGCCUGGACAAGAUGAAGAACCCCAUCACCAAACGCUGGAAGCACCUGACCGGCACGCUCAUCCUGGUCAACUGCCUGGACGCCCUGCGGAGCUCUGCCUUCAGCCCCGCCGCUCAGGACGACUACGCCAUCUAAGCUCCUCUCCUCGGUUAACUCCUGCAGGUGUUUCCAGAAGAGCUCACACUCGCUCUUCUGUAGCAUUUAAGAAGAUACAUAGUUUGAAAUGCUGCAUACCAGCUGUCUGCUCACUCUGAACGCCACUACUGCUGUCAUACGUUGUUGUUUUGUUCCUGCGGUGCUGCCUUCAGCUCCUCACACCCAGGGAAACCUUCGCCGGACUGCCCCCACGUCUCCUCGGCCGCCAGCCAAAGAACACAGUGCUGUACGGAGCUCACAGUAUUCACAAAGACACUUUUAAUAGUUCCUGUCUUGCAUAGUUAUGUAUUUUUGUAUUCUUAUUAUGGCACAGUAGUUUUUAAAGCAACAUUUUAAACCCUUUGGUUUAGAACUGUGGAUUGAACGCCAAGAAAGAUGCUUUUUUCCCCAAGUAAAGACAUUUUUAGACAUUGUAUCCUUGAUACCGUAAUCUUGUCACUUUUAUCAAAUCUGUUCUAUUUAUUUAUACAUCAAAAAGAAAAGUCACUUUUUCUUCUCUUCUUCAGGUUCUUUCAGUGUGGUCCUCAUUCCAGAGAUCAAAAUGUUGCUGUCACUUUGUAAUUUUCAAGGCCUGGCAAUGAAGAGAACUGUUAAGAAAGAUAAUUUAUUGAUCAUGUACUCUAAGUUUCUAUGUCCUUUAAUUGAAUAUUACACAAAAUGAAUCAACAUUAGCUUCAAAUGUAAACUUGAUAAAUCAUUUGCUCCGAACAUUCCAAACAGUGUGUUUUCAGCUUCUCCAAUUCUUUUUUUUUUUUUUUUUGUAUUAUUUUAAUUGAAUAUUUUGGGGUUUUGACUGUUGGUUUGAUCAUGCAGGGCUCAUUUUUCAUUGUUCACUAAUUCAUAUAUUGAUAUUCACCUUGGAAACAGCAGUUGACAAAGUAAUCUGAGCUCCAGGUUUACAUACUCAAUUGCUCUUUGGCUUUUGACCGCAUCACAUGGCCUUCAUCCGCAGAUUCAGUUUCCUCAGUUGUAGAACUGUAGAUGCUCAAACAUCAAACCACGGCUUUGUCUGGAAUCAGUCCCUUAUUUACUCAUUCACUACUCCCUAUAUAUUCAUUCAUUCAUUUUCCAUACUGCUUAGGGUUGCAGGGGGGCUGGAGCCAAUCCCAGCUGUCAUUGGGCGAGAGACAGGAUAAACCCUGGACAGGUCGCCAGUCCAUCACAGGGCUAACAUAGAGUAGACAGACAACCAUUCACAUUCACAUUCACACAUACGGGCAAUUAGAGUCACUAAUUCACCUAAGCUGCAUGUUUUAGGUCUGUUGGUGGAAGCUGUAGUACCCAGAAAGAACCCACACAGGUAUGGCGAGAACAUGCAACCUCCACACAGAUGGGCCCCAGCCGGUCAGUGGGUUCGGUUCCAGAACCCUCUCGCUGUGAUGCGACAGUGCUAACCACUGCACCACUAUGCCACCACUCCCUGUAUAAUAAACACUACAUACUUCACUAUAUGUCGAGUGAUUUCGGACACAGCCCACGUCUCCAUUUAGCUGAUGAUGACCAUGUGAUACGGUUGAACUCUUCAGAACAAGCAAGUAAGUAGUAGUUCUAGUAAGGGAAAUUGUUUUUUCGACUCUAAAUCUGUAAAUUAUCUUUCAUAUAACAACUGAAGCUUCGUCACUCAUUCUCAACAUACUCUUUACUGUCUUCUGCCUGUUUUUCUUUUGUCUUUUUACUAAAGCCUGCCAAAAAUGAAUACAGCUCUACACAGAUGACCUUGUUCAAUGCUGAGACCACUGUUGUAAUGACACUGUCUGUCAAAGCUUCUGGCUAGGUUUUGUCUCAGUGCUGCAAACUGUAUAAUGUGGUAGUAACACAUCCACUGAUGAGUUUGAAAACCUCUUUUUUUUGUGACUGCAUACCUUUGUGGAAAAGAG